GUGAAUCAUAUAGCAGAGUCUGAAACCAUCGUAGGAGAGAUAGAUGAAGCCUCAUUGCUGGGUUCGAGCUUCGGAUUCUGAUUUCACUGGCCCACUUCCCCAACCUCGAAGUGGGCACACAGCUGUGAACAUCGGGAAGUCGAUGAUUGUAUUCUUCGGUGGCCUUGUAGACAAGAAAUUCCUAAAUGACGUCACAGUUUACGACAUUGACAACAAUAUGUGGUUUCAACCAGAGUUCAUGGGCAGUGGUUCUGAUGGGAAUACGGGGCCAAGUCCACGUGCUUUUCAUGUUGCUGUCUCAAUAGAUUGUCACAUGUUCAUAUUUGGUGGGAGGUCUGGUGCGAAUAGGUUAGGUGAUUUCUGGGUUCUGGAUACCGAUAUUUGGCAGUGGUCACAACUGACCACGUUUGGCGACUUGCCUUCACCUAGGGAUUUUGCUGCUGUGUCGGUGCAAUGGAAACGCUUGCAUAUUAUCAAUGAACCCCCGGCUGCUCGAGCAUAUCAUUCGAUGAACUGUGUUGGUUCUCGGUACCUCUUGUUUGGUGGCUUUGAUGGAAAAUCAACUUAUGGUGAUCUAUGGUGGCUUGUACCUGAAGAUGAUCCUAUUGCAAAGAGGUCUGGAAUAUCUUCUUCUGAAGUUGUUCCAGAAAGAGAUACAACCAUGGAAGAAAAGGAAAGCCAAAGAGAAGGAGAUGCAAUUACAGAGCUGCAGAAACGAUUACAAAUAUCGGGUUUACUUUCAACUUCUGUGCAGAUUGUCGAUGAAAUGGAAGACAAAGAACUAAUCCAACAAGCGUUAAGAGUUGGCGGUAAAGAUGCUGCUGUGCAAGCACUCCGAGACCACUGGGUGAGAUCUGCUCCAGAAUCCAUAACGUUGAAGGAGAUUGCCCCAUUACUACAUGAUUACCAACGCCUGAUUACCCGCCAUCAUAUGUGAGAUUUGUUUCUUCUCCUUUACUAUU